CAUCUGCCUUGAACUGUACCCUAAUACUGGGAGUUGCUGUAACAAAUAUUGUUUACAACCCUUAUCACGCACAUAGCCGCUUAGUUGAUGUAAGUUUUCAUAACAAGACGUCAAACCGAUCGUACCAACAUUGUUUUCAACUCCAAAAGCGAUUCAAUUUAUGUUCUGGCUUACAACCCACUAUGAGUAUUAAUCUAGGAUUAUUGCUACUUUUCUCUGUUUACGGAUUAUCAGAUGAGUGUUUCUUGACAGAAGUAAAGAGUCUGUUGGAAGGAUGCGACCACUUGACGGGUCUCAAUAUCACCAGUAUUGGAGGGACGAUAGUCGACGAUCACAACUGUGACGUGCUGCUGCCGAAGCAAGUGUUCAUCGAGGAACCAUUAUUCCAAUAUGACUUGGCUGACUCUAAAAAGUACUACACCAUUUUUAUGGUGGACCCAGAUGCUCCGCCGCAAUUGGACGGAGAGUUUUACCUUCACAUGUUGAAGUUCAACGUUCCAGGUACUGCUUUAAAAGCUAAGGAGGGCAGUAAAACCAAUGGAGUCGAUUACCGCCCUUACAGACUCCCAGCGCCACCUAUCGGCACAGGCGCGCAUCGCUACAUGACGCUGCUGUACGAGCAAGCCGACGGCAACAACUUCUUGCCGCACGCCGGGCUCAGCCGCCACCGGUUCUCCAUCUCCGAUUGGAUGCGCGGAAAGAACCUCUGCGGUCCGGUCGCGGCGACGCAGUUCCGCGUGCAGUACUAGAUGGCGCUAUGUAAUACUAAUUCCGUGGGCAGUUCUAGAAUAACAUAGACUAAUCU